GUGGUGGGCAGUGGUGGUGUUCGCCGCGCUCCCGUCUUCGGGAGCAGGUGGAGAGUCCCCCGAAGCCCCUCCGCAGUCCUGGACACAGCUGUGGUUCUUCCGCUUUUUCUUGAAUGUUGCUGGCUAUGCCAGUUUUAUGGUACCUGGCUACCUCCUGGUGCAAUACUUAAGACGGAAGAACUACCUGGAGACAGGCAGGGGUCUCUGCUUUCCCCUGGUGAAGGCCUGUGUGUUUGGCAAUGAGCCCAAGGCCUCUGAUGAGGUUCCACUGGCUCCCCGGACAGAGACAGCAGACAGUAGUCCCUCUUGGCAGGUCCUGAAGCUGAUCUUCUGUGCCUCGGGGCUCCAGGUGUCCUAUCUGACUUGGGGUGUACUGCAGGAAAGAGUGAUGACCGGCAGCUAUGGGGCCACCGCCACAUCACCAGGCGAGCACUUCAUGGACUCACAGUUCCUGGUGCUAAUGAACCGUGUGCUGGCACUGAUCGUGGCAGGUCUCUACUGUGUCCUACGCAAACAACCCCGUCAUGGGGCACCCAUGUACCGGUACUCUUUUGCCAGUCUGUCUAACGUGCUUAGCAGCUGGUGCCAAUACGAAGCGCUUAAAUUUGUCAGCUUCCCUACCCAAGUGCUGGCCAAGGCCUCCAAGGUGAUUCCUGUCAUGAUGAUGGGAAAGCUGGUGUCUAGACGAAGCUAUGAACACUGGGAAUACCUGACUGCCGGCCUCAUCUCCAUUGGAGUUAGCAUGUUUCUGCUGUCUAGUGGACCAGAGCCCCGAAGCUCUCCAGCCACCACACUCUCAGGCUUGAUUCUACUGGCAGGCUACAUUUUUUUUUAUGCUUUUGACAGCUUCACCUCAAACUGGCAGGAUGCCCUGUUUGCCUAUAAGAUGUCAUCAGUGCAGAUGAUGUUUGGGGUCAAUUUAUUCUCCUGUCUUUUCACAGUAGGCUCACUACUGGAGCAGGGGGCCCUCCUGGAGGGAGCCCGCUUUAUGGGACGGCACAGUGAGUUUGCACUUCAUGCCCUCCUCCUCUCCAUCUGCUCUGCCUUUGGCCAGCUCUUCAUCUUCUAUACCAUUGGACAAUUUGGAGCUGCUGUCUUCACCAUCAUCAUGACUCUCCGCCAGGCUAUUGCCAUCCUUCUCUCCUGCCUCCUCUAUGGCCACACUGUCACUGUGGUGGGGGGACUGGGAGUGGCUGUGGUCUUCACUGCCCUCCUACUCAGAGUCUAUGCCCGGGGCCGUAAGCAGCGGGGAAAGAAGGUUGUACCAACUGAGCCCCCAGUGCAGAAGGUAUGAGGACUAAGGACCCUCACUCUGGUUUUCUGUAGCUUAUCAGAGGCGCUGACUCAAGGGCAAAAUUAUUUUCAACAUCUCAGUGUACAGCAGAGGAUUGGAGCCCUGGAGGCAGCCUCUUUUGCCUUAAGAGCCCCACCUACUUACUUGGUAGUUGUGGGUCUGAGUUAUGGAGAUAAUCCAGAUAGAGCUCCUCCCCACAACCUGAGACCUUGGUUUAGCUGGUAGAACUGUAAACCAGCACCUAGCCUUUGCUUGUUUUUCCUUUAACACCCAACCCGCAAGACUGCCAGACAUAGCUGGUCAAGAGCAGCACAAAGUUUACAGGUCCUAAUGUGGUUGGGGGGUAGGGGGGCACACUAGUGAAAAUGGUGCUGUGCCAAACAAAGCCCUGCCCAGCCCCUUUGGGGCCUUUGUGUUCCUUGCUCAAGUUUUGCUACUUGGGAAUGUCACCUUUUGCUCUUAUUUGAUUAAAACUGCAGCAGUGA